UACAUGCGUGUACAUGUGUGUAUGUAUACAUGUGUGUAUAUACUGUAUAUAUGGAGACACUCACCGGUCGUGUUUAUGUGGAUCUCAACCACUUUUACUCACCGGUAACUCUUUCUUUCUCCCUCACAGGGUCAACCUGGCCCAACUGAAGGAUGCCUACACCAAGCUGUUUGAAGACUACAAUGAACUCAAAGAGGAUAAGAAGAAGAGAGAGUCUCUGCUGGUGCAGAAGGAGGUGGUGGAUGAGCUGCAGGAACGUCUGAGUGCCGCUGAAGAGGCCCUGGCUGCUAAACAGAACCACAUCGAUCGAAUGAAGCAGGAGAUCUUCAGCAAGGAGGAGGAGCUGCAGACAAUAUCUGUGUUCCAGGCUCAGGCGGAGGUCUAUUCCUCAGACUUCUACGCCGAGCGAGCAGCGAGGGAGAAACUCCACGAAGAGAGGGAGCGUCUGGCUGCUCAGCUGGAGUACGUAAAGAAGCAGAACAACCAGCUGCAGGAGGAGCUGGACUCGCUGGGCAGGCAUUCGCUGACCGAGAUGCAGAAGAGACACGUGGCACAGGGAGGAAAUCCACACGGAGCCGCCGCUAGUCUGGUCGGAAGAGGUACUGACUGGCAGCAUCAAGGGAAUAUUCCCGAACACGCCUGUCCCAAGUGCAAUGAGAUCCUGCCGGACCUGGACUCCCUGCAGAUCCACAUCAUGGACUGCAUCAACUAGACCUCCACCAUUGCAAGCAUCCACGACAACAGCGGCUCCAUUAGCACCUCAAUCUUCCAAGAGUCUUCCUCUGCUUUUACCCACAGCUCCUCUCAACACCAUAGUUCCACCAUAAACUCUGUAACAUUCACUAUAGGAAGGGACGACUUCACUUUUUGGUAGAUUUUAUGCCAAAAGGAUUGUAAAACUGUAUUUAGGGUUCCUCUGAAAAGAAUUGCUCCUCUCUAAUUUGUUAAAUGUGAGAAUUCCUUAUAAAGAUUUGAAAUAGAACAAAGUAUUGUCGGAUAUAUAUUGAAGGUUGUGGGCUCAUGUCAAGUCUGGAAAAGAACUGCACGAACCCUUUGAUAAGAUUUUAAUUUGGCGCUGUCUGCCUGUCAUGCACACAUUCAAUUAGUUCAGCCUUUACAAGUUGUAUUUGGUUGUGUUGCUAAAGGAGAUGCAUAUAUAUAUAUAUAUAUAUAUUUUAAAUCUCUUUUGAAAUCAAAUUCAAUCUAUAUUCUUUGCUUGGGAAAGAUGUUUCAGCUCAUCACUGGGUUGUUGGCGUACGCACCAAUGUAGGCACUUUAAUAUGAAUAUAUAUAUUUUAUUCAGAAGAUACCUGGUAAUUUGAUUGUAAUAUAUGUAACUUGUUAGUUAAUCUGUCACUAAAGCCCCAGCCUUUGUAAGUCUAUGUGCAGGAGGUUCCAACACCCUACACAUUCUGUAGUCUGUAGAUUAUAUAGAGUUUCAGAUUCCAUGUUGUUCUUCUGUGAGUGAAAAUAAAAUCUGCAAAUUUC